UAUUUUACGAGACGAAUCUAACGAAGCAUAUUAAUCCAGGAUUUGCUACAGUGAUGCUACAGUAAUCAUCCGCUAAGCUAUGUCGCAAUCACCUCACUAGUCACAGAGUUGGGAUAAGCUUGCCUCUCUCUCAAGAAAAAGUUAAUCGCCGGCUAAAUUUAUUAAGAUUUGCAAGGCCGUGUGGAGCAAGGCACAAGGCCGUCACUCUUCACAUGCUUUCAUCAAAACACCAAGAUUACAUCACCUGCUUCAUGGCGUCGCCUGCCGUUUACGUGAUUGCCACGAUCAUCUUCGUUGUGGCGUUCGCGGCGUUGCUGGUCAAGGUGUACCGGGGCGCCGAGAGCUGCGGCGCCGCGGUGGCCGCCGAGAUGAAGGCGACGGCGCACUACGCCGUGGUGCCCGACGCCGCGAUGCGGAGCGCGACGGUGGAGAGGUUCCUGUGGGAGAUGGCGCACGAGAAGCCCAUCCGGUUCACGCCGCGGCAGCUCGCCGGGUUCACGCGCGGCUACUCGGCGCGGCUCGGCGCCGGCGUCUUCGGGACGGUGUACGGCGGCGCGCUCCCCAACGGCCUCGCCGUGGCCGUCAAGGUGCUCCGCGGCGGCAUGGACAGGAGGAGGUCCGAGGAGCAGUUCAUGGCGGAGGUGGGCACCAUCGGGAGGACGCACCACAUCAACCUCGUCAGGCUGUUCGGCUUCUGCUACGACGCCGCCGUGCGCGCGCUGGUGUACGAGUACAUGGGCAACGGCGCGCUCGACGCCUACCUGUUCGACCUGAGCCGCGACGUCGGCGUCCCGGCGCGGCGCGCCAUCGCCAUCGGCGUCGCGCGGGGGCUCCGCUACCUCCACGAGGAGUGCGAGCACAAGAUCGUGCACUACGACAUCAAGCCCGGCAACGUCCUGCUCGACGGCGGCAUGACGCCCAAGGUGGCCGACUUCGGGCUGGCCCGGCUGGUGAACCGCGGCGACACGCACGUCUCCGUGUCCGGCAUGCGCGGCACCCCCGGCUACGCCGCGCCGGAGACGUUGAUGCAGUCCGGCGUGACGGAGAAGUGCGACGUGUACAGCUUCGGCAUGCUCCUCCUCAAGAUCGUCGGCCGGAGGAGGAACUUCGACGAGGCCGCGCCGGAGAGCCAGCAGUGGUGGCCGAUGGAGGCGUGGGCCAGGUACGAGCGCGGCGAGUUGAUGAUGGUCGACGACGCCGCCGCCGCCAUCAAUCAUCCGAGCGACGAGAUCUGUAGUGGCAGCGACGGCGAGGCCGUGGUGACCGUGGCCGAGGCCGACGACGAGCGGCGGUGCAAGGAGGCGGUGGUGAGGAUGUACCAGGUGGCGUUCUGGUGCGUGCAGCAGCGGCCGGAGGCGCGGCCGCCGAUGGGCGCGGUGGUGAAGAUGCUGGAGGGCGAGAUGGACGUCGCGCCUCCGGUGAACCCGUUCCUGCAUCUCAUGGCGGCUCCGGCGCCGGUGCCGAAUCCAUGGGCGACGACGACGGCGAGCAGCGGAAACGCCGUCUCAGAAAACGUCGUUGUUUCUCACGGAAGUGACGGAAUCGUCUCGCUUUGACUACUGAAAUCUUUUGUCUGUGCGUGUGGGUCGCCACGACCUCGUUUCUUUGCAUUCUACAAGUAGAUUGUUUAUCACUACAUCAUAAUACUUCCUCCAUCUCAAAAUAUUUGACGCCGUUAACUUUUUUAAAAAUGUUUAACCGUUCGUCUUAUUAAAAAAAAAUA